GUUAUUAUUUGUUACCAACAAAAGAACACCACCAUUCGGCAUAAAUGUUUACUUAGAAACUAAAUUUUAGGUUAAAGCAUCUACACUCACCAUGUUUGGCGAAGAACAAAAUUUCCCGAGUGAUUCAAACCAGUAGGACUGAUGGUGUUUUCCAAACUUCAUACAUGAGGAGCCACAGCCGACAACAUCUCUGGUUCUGAGACCCGCCCCUGAGGACAGCCCCGCUUGAACGAUGGCAGACGACGAGAAUGGUCAGGAGGCGGCGCCACCGGAAGAAGAGGCGGCGCCACCGGAAGAAGAGGCACCACCACCGGAAGAAGAGGCACCACCACCGGAAGAAGCGGCGCCACCACCGGAAGAAGCGGCGCCACCACCGGAAGAAGCGGCGCCACCACCGGAAGAAGAGACACCGCCGCCAGCGCAAGCGCCGCCUCCACCGGAAAAGAAGACAGCUCCGGCGAAAGAGAAUUCAGACUGUGAGAAAGGCUCCCCGGCGGACAGGAAGUCACGUGGUCGGAAGCACGACGAGGACAAGGAGUGCAGAGAGAAGCCGAGGAAGAAGAAGGAGAAGGACAGGGCGGAGAGGAACGAGCGACUGUCCACCCCGAAGAAGAGGGACCUGGAGGCAGUGCUGCGCGACAUGUGGCCAGUGCUGGACCUCAACAGCGUGGAGAUGCUCAAGAACAUGCUCAUGAAGGAGUACAACAUGACGAGGAGGGAGGUGGACGCGCUGACCGAGGUGCCGCAGAGGCCGCUGGGGCUGGAGAGGUUCGCCGCCGAGGAGCGCGAGAAGCUGUACAGCCGCAGGUACCUGGAGCGCAUCACGCAGAACCUAGCGCACAGACUCUACGACUACGGCCAGGCCAAGAAGAAGGUGAAGAGGACGGACGACGUGGUGUGGUUGGGUGACGCGCUGGCCGAGCACAUGUGGGAGGACAGCAGGCAGACCAGGUGCAUGGUGGAGGCGGGUUGCGGGCCGUGCAAGGAGAACCAGAGGCAAGUGAAGCUGCUCAGGAGGAACUUCGCCGAGAGGAUAGCGAGCUGGAUCCUGGGCGUGGCCGCGGAGGCGGACGAGUUCGCGGAGGAGGACGAGAAAAAAAGGAGGGAAGCCAAAGAACGGAAACAGAGGAAGAGACGUGGAGGGAAGAAGAAAGGCAAGCAUGGCAAAUCCAAAGACGGAGACGGACUGGAAGAUGGUGAGGCACUUAAAGAUGGAGAACAAGAAGGAGCUGGCGAGAUAACAGAAGAAUUUGAAAUGACGACGACGACGACUCAGGUGUUUGAAGACCAAUUUGCAGCCUACGGUGGAAUCAUACCACUGGACGAGGUCGAUUGUGACACGGAGGAAUGUUUAAUGGAAAUAGAUUACGUAGAUCCUGAACAUACGGAAAUGGUUAUUCUGAACCCAAGUCCAGACGAAACAGACACGCGAAGAGCUCGACUCUUCGAAGCCGAUGGGACAGAGGUGUUCUUGGAUAAGGGUGCCAAGGGAGUGGAAAUCUUGCUUCCUCCAAGAGACGAUCAGCACAAGAUGUCCUCAGAAUUGUCCGGCUUCACGGAGCUUGACUUCGGAUCGGCGAAGGUGGACAAGGAGAGGACUUACCUGGUAAAGGACAAGGGUGAUAUGUACUACGUUGAAGAACUAGCCAUGCCUAGGAAACCUGGCGAGGUCUGGACCAUGCCCGCCACAGUGGCGAAGGUUCUAACAAGUGCGUUUAAAGCGGAGCUGGUCAGCAAGCCAGGCGAUGAAGAGACAAAUCAAGAGGCAUCGGGUGACAAACAGAUCGAGGCAAACGGUGAUCAGAAGAGAGAGGGUAGUGAACAGAUGGAGGAAAUGGUGACUGAGAGUAGCGGAAUGCAACCUGUAGUGCAAAGAAUUGAUGUAAAGAAAAUCGUAGCAUCUAAACUGACCGACGCCAUGCUAAAGGCAGGCAAGCAGGUGGAUGACUCGACGACAGCUGUGAUUGAUACAGUGUCCGAGCGCAUCGCAGACAUCUUUGAAAAAAUUCUCGAUGAGGUGACACUGAAGGACCGCUGCGAGGACCGCUGGCAGGAGGCGGGCCAGCUGGCCGAGGAGUGGGUGGGCUGGGUGCUGGAGGCCGCGGAGGCGGCGCGGCGACGGCCCGGCGAGGCGGACGCCACGUGGGAGCAGUGGCGGCAGCGCGCCGCCCUCCAGUACCAGCAGUUCCAGGACAGGAGGCGGCGGCUAGACGCCACCUUGGAGGCCUGCGACACACCCGCCGGCCCCCCGCCUGACCUCGCCUGACCUCGCCUGACAUCGCCUCACCUCGCCUGACCCCGCCUGACCUCGCCUGACCUCGCCUGACAUCGCCUCACCUCGCCUGACUUCGCCUGACCCCGCCUGACCUCGCCUGACCUCGCCUGACCUCGCCUGACCUCGCCUGACUUCGCCUGACCUCGCCUCACCUCGCCUGACCCCGCCUGACCUCGCCUGACCUCGCCUGACCUCGCCUGACCACGUCGAGGCACUCAGUAGUGGCUCCUCGCUACACAUCCUCAACCAUCUAGGACUUAAAUUACCGAACUACUUACAUAUUUACUAAACAUUAUCUAAAAUUAUUCUAAUUCUACACUCCAAAAACAUUGUACUAGAAUUUCGGAAAUACAGCCUUACCCAUCUAAGUUGUUAAA